CGAGCAAAAUGUUUCAAAAGGUUUGUAAAACAUUCAAUCAGAUGAAAGUGAUAAAAUUCUGUAUGUCACGCUAAAAGCAGAAAAUAAAUUCAAAAAUAAAAAUUCUAAAUUUUUUUCUGGUAUUUUAUUUCGUAAAUUUUCGGCUUAAAUAGUUUCUUGAAAUCAAAAUUCAUUUGUUGUUAUAACCAGAGGAAUAAUACAAGAUGACAAUGCGACUAAACUUGGACAGCAUACUGCAGAGUCAGAUGAGGGAAAUUAGCGAAUCUGAUACUAAUCAUCAUAAUCUGGCAGCGCCAACCGAAAAGGAAAAGGCAACUCUACGUCUUGGUGCGGGAAAGUCCCCCGCCGAUUGUUAUUUUUACGGGAAACCCAAUGUUAGUUCCAGAGUGCACUCCAUGAUGGCAAACAUACACCAGCAUAUGAAGACGACGGCUCCACCGCGGAAGGCCGUACCUUCGGUACCAGCUGCCAUAGCAGAGAUUCCUGUUGUGCCAUCCAUAAGUAAAACAGGAUCCUUCCGAAAAUCGCGUCGUGUUAAGGGUGGAGCGGCUACUGUCGCGGCGACUAAGUCAAUGACGAUGCCAAUAUCACGGAUGAAGGCCCGAAUAAACCAACAGUCGCAGCAGAUGAUGAGGCGCGGUUACAGCGAUUUGAAUCCAAAAACCUAUUCGAAUCAACGGCGCAUUCGUGAGGUGUUGUUGCAAAAAACUGUGCUAGAGAAUAUGUUGUUACAGCACAAGAGAUUGCAGCGCGAUAGGCAAACAAUUGCCUUGGACAUACAGCGGAUGCGUCAGGACCUCGAUAAAAUCAAAAAUAAGCUGGACACAUCUCUCGAGGCUUUGAAAUCCACUCGCACCCUGUACAGUGGCUUCAACAAGGGUAAAAAGGGACUUUUGCCUCUGUCACUGCCUGCAAAUGCCACAGCCGUUACAUUAUCGAGCAUUGCUCGGCCAAUGGCGAAGCCGGCAACGAAGAUAGCUGCCGUCAAAACGAGUAAAGUACUUGCGAAGCGACAGCACUCGUCGACACCAAAGAAGCGUCGCAGUCGUCAUUAAAUUUGAAUUUGAAUUUAAAAAUAUGCCAAAAACAAAUAGUGUGGCAACCUUGCAAUACAUAGACAAUCGACUAUCGAUAUGUCGUGACACAUAUCGAUUACUAAGUUAUGACUUCCGUUUUUCCGCUCGUACAAGUUUGAAAAUUUUAUAUUUCAUUUAUUUUCGUACGCCUUCAACAAAAAAGUGUCUCAGUCGGCAUUAAUUGCAGCCAAAAACUGUGUUGCCAAAAAUACCAAAACAGUAUAUAGUAUGGCAGCUCUGCAAUAGAUAGUGUAUCGAUUACUCCAGCCAAUCAAUACC